CUUAAUAGUUUAUAUUAUAUCUCGUUAUUAUAAUGAAUAAUCUUAGGAGAAUCUUUCCUUAAGAUCUAUUUACCUAGGCAAUAUACAUAGAUAUGUAAGUAUCACGUGAUUAUGGUCCGUGCAGCUGCACACAAAUCCAUUUUCGACCCGCUCGUCAUAAUUUAAGCACGUAAGUACGGAGACGUUACUCUACUCGAGAUCUGGGCAAUCGAACGCUGGCAAACACUGGCUUAUGAUCACACCGGCACUUGUUUCCCUCUCAACGUCGUCAUGCCGGCCAACCUUGACCAUGACGCUGUCAUGUUCCUCGACUGGUAUCAUGCCUUGCCAUCGAGACGCAUCAAUUUGUUUGACGACUUCGCCGGUAAUGAAUUGUUUUUAAUCGAGUUUGAUUCACUACUUCUCCGGUGCUUCUCUGCGUCCCAGAUUGAUUUCGGCAAUGGGUUUCAGCUUCUGCACGCUGUUUUUGUGGUUGAAAAGCUCCUCAGUGAUCUCGUGCGUCGCAAAUCUCGCUUCCAAAUAAUUUGCUUCCAUCAGCACGAGCUUCUGUGCAUUCCUGCUACAGCCAAGGAUGACGAGAUACCCAAGUUCCGCUUGGCUCGCGCAGUGAUUAUGCGUCACAUCUUGGUCAAUGUUUCCGUUUGCUGUGCGAUUGAAUUCCAUCGAUUUGAAUCGCUUCACGACGAACAAUUUCCGAGGUUUCUUGCCGCGACGGAUGCCUACUUUGUCAUGAUCCAUGAUGGCGCUGGAGCAAAGAAUUUCAGACCCCGCGAUCCAAUCAUUCCGAAAGUGAUGACAACGACUCGAGAUGCUGAACCCGCUUUGCGGCCUGACUAUGAAGCACCCUUUUCCGCCAUGAAAAAUAGUUUCUGGUUGCGGGCCAUGAUUGCCUUUUUUUUAAUGAACGAGUUCAACGUUGCCCUUAUCAACGAGAUGCAGUUUUUGGAUAGCAAGGUUUUUACCCAUAUCCUCCAAUAUGCCGACCUCAAGGUGUUGUCAGUGCCCAUACCUGAACUCUCUAGUGGUGCGAAUUUACAACAACCGCCACCGCCACCGCCACCAACAUAUGUCAUGCCUCAAGCCCUCGAAGCGUACGGCAUCUUUUCUGAGGCUGAUCUAGUCACGCUCCAAGCUCUCCAAAGCUUGGUAGCAACUAAUCAGAUUUCCAAACAUCACGCCAGCCUGUUCCUUCUACAUACUGCAGCAUUGUCCAUUCUUCCUCUUCAGCACCGCUAUUUCCCAACGUUCAGGAAUACAGAACAUUUCAAAAAUACUAUAGACGCUUUCACAGAGUCAGCGCUUUCAAUUCUCUCCAAUUCGGCGUACGCCAACCGCGUCAAUACCUCAGACAUACCAUGCAACCUCGUUGAUCUUGUUGAUGGUCGCUUACUUGCUACAAUAAUUGCCGACCACGAGUUUCGCUCAGGUCUGCUGAGCGAGGAGAGCAUAAAGCAGAAGUUUGACUCAUUAUGUGUAACAUUUCUCCAAAUCGCUGGCGUUUCUCUAAGCCUUGAAGCCGAGCUAUACAACUCCCCAAAGCUUAACACAAUUGCAACAGAGCGUCUCGUCAGCGAUAGCGUCAUGUUAUCCUUCCAAAAUUCCGCAUUUGAAGCACAUUUUGACCCCAUUCAGAUGAGCAUAGUUAGUGACUCCAUAGUGCCAAUGUUCAGUUGCAAUCAAGUCUCCAAAGCGCUUUCAUAUGGUCACGGUCAGAAAAACGCAUUUGCCGCUAAGGGUUCAUAUGUUCAACAAGAACUACAAGCCAAAAGAGACGCCAUUACUCAGGAUCAAAAUGUGCAGAAGGAAAUCCAGGAGUAUGCUGCUAGCCUAACCAAUGCCUACGGGAAGAUUCUGGAGCCACAGAUCAUUGUUGCUGGUUCUACAAGACAGGAUCGAAAGACAGCCACCCACAAGCCAGUCAAACAGAAAAAGUCUUCCGAGGCCUCAAGACAAGGCAACGACCCAGGUAACCCCAACAAAAAAGGCGGCAGGGCGGCCGCACUCGAAGCUGCUGCACAGCUCAGGGCUACCGCCACAAAACCAAAAAGCGACAUAAAGGCCAAUUUAUGGAAUGUCAAGUGUAGAGAGAUUUUGAAAGAGAAUGACGUAAGUGUUCGUUAUAAACUAAGCAUGCGAUAUCUUCAGAGUUUGGGAAAGAAUGAUGAGCUGGGCCCCGAGAUUCAGCUCUUUACGGUAAACUGCCUUUUGCGCGUCAUUGUCAGCGAGGAAGCAUGCGUGGACAAAUCGAGUAUUACCGCUAUAAUAUGGGAUCAUGUUCACCGCUUAAGCCACGCAAUAUCUGGUAUAACCCCAGAAGUUGCAGCCGCGCUCGAGCAUGUCAUCAAAGCGUUUGGUUUCUCUGGAAUCGACGUCAAGAUCAAUGCGGCGUCACGACCCCUAAGCUUUGCAUGUCUUCACCCGAAGACUCUCCAAAAACAUCAGCUCUCUUUUCCUGGUAGCUCAAUUGAAUUCCAACUCGAGCAUUGCGGUCCGUACCUCGAUCGAGCCAUUGACUCGACGCCAGACCCUCGUGUUCGCUUUGAGCCUGAUGGCUGGCAGCGACACGUUCUUGAUGCAAUUGACGAAGGCAAUAGCCUAUUCGUCACGGCGCCUACCUCUGCGGGAAAGACGUUCAUCUCAUUCUAUGCGAUGGAAAAGGUUUUGCGGGCGGAUGAUGAUGGUGUGCUUGUAUAUGUCGCGCCGACUACCGCUCUAGUCAACCAGAUUGCAGCCGAGAUACAUGGCCGCUUUUCCAAGAAUUACAAACAUGCCGGCCGAUCAGUUUGGGCUAUUCAUACCACCGGUUACAGCAUUAACAAUUCCACUGGCUGUCAAAUACUGGUCACCGUCCCCCAUAUGCUCCAGAAUAUGCUGCUUGCGCCAGCCCACGCGGAAAAAGAGAAUUCGUGGUCCACGCGUAUCAGGCGAAUCAUCUUCGAUGAGAUCCACUGUAUCGGCCAAGCAGAGGACGGCAUGAUUUGGGAGCAGCUCAUUCUGCAAUCACCGUGUCCUAUCAUUGCUCUUUCCGCUACGGUUGGGAACCCCAAAGAGUUGAGCGACUGGUUAUCGUCAACUGAAAGAGCUAACGGUAACGAGCUUGUUACGGUUCACUAUCACUAUCGCUACUCAAAUCUGCGAAACUACAUCUACCUGCCGCCAAAAGAAUUCUGCUUCUCCGGACUACCUGCUCUGCCUGACAUCUAUAUCCCCGGCCUGGAUGAAAGCGACGCUUUUCACUUUGUGCAUCCUGUCUCGGGUCUGGUUGAAAAAGAGAAAGGAAUGCCAAGCGAUUUCAACCUUGAGCCUCGCGAUUGCCUCCGGCUUUGGCGUGUUAUGUCUCAACAUGCCACUGGGAAGCAUUAUGUUGCUCAUUCACUACACCCAGACCAGUUUCUGCCCGAACUCGUCAAGAAAAUAGAUGUGAUCAACUGGGAGACUCAACUCAAGGUGAUGCUUCGUCAGUGGAUGCUUGAUGAUGGUUCGCCGUUUGAAAGACUUCGUCAGGACCUGAGCGGCAAACUCCAAUAUGUUAUGGCUCGUGAUACUUUGAACACAAAGGCCGGCUGCAGCAAUGAUUGCAUUAAUAUGAAGAUAGAUCCUAACAGCCUAUCUACCAUGAUGUUGCCCGUUCUGGUUGACCUGCAUGCUAAAGACGCCAUGCCGUGCCUCAUCUUCAACUACGAUUGUAACAUGUGCGAGACGCUUGCACACUCGAUUCUUGAUGAGCUUGGCAAGAAAGAGAACGCAUGGAAGGCGUCCAAGCCAUCUUGGCAGAAGAAGAUGGCUGAUUUCGACCAAUAUAAAAAAGAACUAGAAAUCGCUCGCGCCCGCGCGGACAAGGCCUCACGAAUUGUGCCUAAGAAGAAAGCCAAACGAGGUGAAGCAGAUGAUGUCGAGAAAAUCUCACGAGCCGAGCGUAUUCGCGAACAGGCGAAUGCUGACAUCUGCGCGUUGGCUAAUUUCAAUCCGGACGCGCCUAUUGAUGGUUUCCAUUUUGCGGACGUCACUAAGCUGGCCACUUCAGAACUGGAUGAAUUUCAGUCGUCUCUGCGUGGCUGCAAUGUGCCAGAGUGGCUAGUUCGCGGGUUGGAACGUGGAGUUGGUGUCCAUCACUCGGGAAUGAACCGCAGAUAUCUCCAGGUCGUCGAAGUGCUCUUUCGCAGAGGCUUUCUGAGAGUGGUUUUGGCGACCGGCACACUUGCAUUAGGUAUCAACAUGCCUUGCAGAACGGUAAUAUUUGCCGGUGAUUCGAUAUCCUUAACAGCCCUCAACUUCCGCCAGGCAGCUGGUCGCGCCGGUCGCCGCGGUUUUGAUGUGCUUGGAAAUGUAGUCUUUGUCGGAAUUCCCAAAGUCAAGGUGCUUCGUUUACUAAGCUCUCGGUUGCCGGACCUGACAACGAGAUACCCCAUAAACACAUCUCUCAUCCUCCGCCAGGCAAUACUUCUGCAUGGUUCCAAUAACUCACCGUUCGCCCUCCAGGCUAUCAAGUCCAUAUUCUUACGACCACAUUUAUAUCUCCGUCUGCUAGAAUCCAAGAUGGUAGUCAAACAUCACCUCCGAUUCUCCAUUGAAUACCUUCGUCGCCAGUCUUUACUUAAUGUGAAUGGUGCUCCUAUCAAUUUUGCAGAGUGCGUCUCCACUUUGGACUACACCGGAAAUUCUGUUUGGGCUUUCCAUGCUUUACUGAGCAGAGGCUACUUCCACAAAGUCUGUAAAGACAUCGAGGUCAACCCGGAGCGUGUUAUGCUGACACUGAUGUUGGUCAUGUCAAGCAUCUUCGAGCGUCAAACGUGCAAGAGGUCAGACAUCGAAUUUAUCGAUGAUGCCCUCAAGCAUUCUUCGUCUGUUGUAUUCCUACCAUCGCUGCCCGAUGAUGCAAAGGAAGCACUCAGCACAUACAAUGCCGAAACUCUUUCUGUGUUCAAGAUUUACGCCAAGACAUUUAUCGAGCAGUACUUACACCAUAAAGUCGACGAGCUUCCACUCACGCGGUAUCGUGUGGGAUCUGAAGUGAUGUUGGGCCUACCAUCCACACUGCCACCAGUCAUCCGUUCCCCAUUCGUAGCGCUCUCUGGCCACGGCGACGAGUUCUCGACCAUUUCUGAGUUAUGUAACACUGUCCGCUCCGGGAUCCCCUUGGAAGAAGCGAUAGUACCGUAUCUACAGCUGUCACUUGAGGCAUCGGACCCACCUCUGAAUGCGUACCUACUCGAUUUCUUCAAUAAUGGUGAUUUACAGACGAUUGAACGAAUGAACAAGAUUCACGCGUCGGAGAUUCAGUCUCGUUUGAACGACUUUUGCACGAUUUUACGCACAAUUGUUGUCGGUCUUGGCAGAAUGGCGAGAUUGAUGCCUGCACCAGGUCAAGACCAGGCCCAGGGCGGAAUACAAGGUUUCAGAGCGCAGCGGAAUCGAAAAAUACUUGGGAGGCAAAAAGAGACCAAAAUUGUUAGGGGGACUGACGAGAAUCAUAGCCGCCCUAGUGCUGAUAAACCAAGAAAGGAGAACACACCCGGCGAUGAUGAGGAUGAGGAUGAUGAUGAUGAUGAUAACUGGUACUACGGCGUUAGAGGCUUGGUCAGAGUUGUCGAAGCUUUUGACCAGUUGCAUGCCCAGUUUGAAGGAAAGUUGAAAAAGGUUGCCGUCUAGAGCUGGGCACAACACAGUGGCCGAAGUUGAUGCAUCAAGGACGAAUGAUUGAGCGACACUCUACAUCUAUGCUUCCAAAGUUAUGCGACUAGGGAUGUAUGAUCCUUGUGAUGAAAACCAACUUCUUGCAAGUCAUUCGCACGUCUAUGUACCGGUACAUAUGUACCUGAACAUCCAGCUUCAAGGCUGAGCACUCGGUACAACUUGACGUCGCACUGUUCCGUGAGCCACUAGGAAGCAGCGUUGAAUAGGAACUAGGAUAAAGUCAAUUUUAGCAAGCCUAUCAUGCUGGGAUUCUCGACAUAUAAAGCUGGAAUCCGGAAUAAGAAAUCCUUGAAUUGCGGUUCCGCUUGUUGGAGACUGUAGACAGAACAUGGCAAGCCGCACGCACAUACUCGGUAAGUUUAUCCGAGCG